AUGCCUGCCUUGCGAUUAUGUGGCCGUAAAACCAUGAUUGCUGGUGAUGAAUUGAGAAUAUACUCUCUGCUGAUAGGCUUUGGAAGGUUCAUUCAGUCGGGACUUGCAAUCGGACUUACCUUUUUGACAAUAAAACAACAAGUCUACGAUGUGGAACUGAGGCCUAUGCUCGAAGGAUGUGACUUUUCGCCAGACUUUGAAAUGUUUGCACAAAACCAACGACUCUUUGUGGUGGGAUACGUCACCAUUGCACUAGCAAUGCCGUUAGUCAGCCUCUCGACGCUACUGCCCAUGCACAUAUUAUCCGGAAGAGGGACCCCAACAGACACGGCACCACGGCGACUGAUGCCAAUGUUGUGCCACAUCAGUAUUUCUCUGGAAAGCUGUUUGCGAGUGGCAGCCUUGACAUUUGGAAUAUUUGCCAUUUCCCUUGCCUAUGAAUUCUGUGGCUGUACGUUAACAGAAGAAGAGUUUGCUACAGAUUGGAAUGAUGCAUGUUCUCUGCAAAAGACCAACCGUGUCAUUUUGAUCAUUUCGAUUGUCUUUCAUGGGAUUGAUGCAACAUUAUCAUUGUUUACCCUAAUCUAUUUGAUUUGUUGUCGUGUGGUGAAUUUCGGAGUGAAUUCAGAUUCCUGCUGGAACACCUUUUUCAAUGUGUGCAUGGCAUGUUCCUCAGCCUUGACCUGUUGUUUCUUUGGAGGUACCAAGGCCAUUGGAGGCGACUUUACGGAUAUCAGUAUAUUGCUGGCCAACUUUUUCAAUGAUGAUGACAUUUUGGAUAUCACGCCCUCGGAUGUUGCCGCUGGUUUGAUCAUGGUUCGUAGAGAAAACAAGGUCGAAGUCAUUAGGAGAAGGUCCGACCUUAAUUUUUCCAGGCGACAGCUCCGUCUCAGUGCCAUGUCCUCUCCCGACAGCAACCGAUCCUUGCCAACAGAUCGAGCAUCCAUCUCCUCGGUUCCUAGUUUUAGAACCUUGCAAACCACGGACAGAAGAUCCAUAAUGUCAACUUCCAAUCGAUCUGUGACUGGGGAUAGUACCCCUUCUGUCGUAACCCCUGGUGACAAACACCACAUUUCAUCUCUCACAUCUGCGGGUAACAAUAACAGGCGCAUGUCGAUGGGUAUUCGAGAGGUUUUAAUGGAAGAUUCCAAUCCGGAUCGCCAUGCUGUAGCAGAAGGUGCAUGGUUCUACAAAUAUGCAGCCGCUUCUUAUGGAUGGGUCGCCGUCAUGCUCCUCAAGCCCGUGUCUGGAACUUUGAAAAUGAUCUAUUAUGUAUUCCGGUAUACCACAUUUUGUCGGAAUUCGGAAAGCAAAAAGUAUGUCAAUGAUAUUUGGCUGCAGUUGCGACGAUUGGCGAUUCGAACCGUUCUGGACCAUUUGUACGAACAGGACGUUGUCUAUGCCACUUUUGAGCAUUCGGUAACGAAGACGCCCUACUUUAUUGCCAUGGACCAUGCUUGGAAAACAGUGGUGUUGUCGAUUAGAGGUACCAUGUCGUUGGAGUCCCUAUUGGCAGAUAUUUCGCUGACUCCCGAGAGUUUGGAACAAGUGGGAAAGGAAUGUGGAUUUGAUGGGAGUGACCACUACACUCAUCGGGGCAUGUUGGCUUGUGCCAAAUGGAUUUAUGCGGAUUUGAAGGAGCAUGGCUUUUUGGAUGAACUUGUUGGUCCUUCAGGAUCACACAAGGAAUACAGUCUGCGGAUAGUUGGUCACUCUCUUGGUGCUGGAGUAGCAUCCAUUUUAUCUUUGAUGCUCCGCUCCGAGUAUCCAAACCUGCGAUGUCUCGCGUUUGGUGCUCCAGGAUGUGUAUUUGACGCUCAGCUUGCGGAAGAGUCUUCCACGUGGACGACUUCCUAUGUAGUCGACUGCGAUUUUGUUUCCCGAUUAUCCAAAGAGUCGGUAGAAGCAUUGAGGAAUGAUGUCUUGGAAAUGAUUGCAAGAAUCAAGGUUCCCAAGCACAGGGUCUUUGAAUUGCGGCGGCUGAAGAAAGCAAAACAUAACGAAGAAACCUUAUCCAAAUCCAAUGACGAUAUUCUCUUUGGUGCACACGAAGUGGAGACAUCUAAUUUUCGAAAGCAGCUGGAAGAAUUUUAUGCCUUUCAGCAAUCUCUAAAGGAAAUGGAUGCCGCGAAUUAUAUUCCGUUGUAUAUUCCGGGCAAAAUACUGCACUUGCACGGAGUAGGAAAGGAGACUGGCAACGAGAAUCUAUCACCGCGAGAAGAAUUUGCCGCCACCAAUGGAGGGAUGAUUUCUUCUGACUCGAAUGAUGGCAGGUAUACAGCACGGUGGGCCAAACGAAAGGACUUUGAAAGGAUUGUGCUUUCCUCUCAUCUGCUCUGGGACCAUCAUCCGGGCUUUGGGCUCGACAGCUUUCGAGAGGUGGCGACACGGUUUGGAUUAGAGGAGCCCUUCUUUGUUGAGAGACUAGAGAUUGACGAAGAAACAGGUUUCGAAGAAGUAACAGAUUUCGACGAAGAGGACGACGACGACGACGAUGAUGAUUUCUAA